AUGCUGGGAAGGAUAGGGGUGCAGAGUGACAGGGAUUGUGUGUGUCCUUGCUCCACUCUACGGCCAUCAUGCCUUGUCUUGCAGGUCAGGAUGUCCUUUGCCAACUUGUCUCGUGGCAAGAAGAUGGCGCUGUCCACGUUGGGGAUGCUGGCGGCCGGAGGCGGCACGCUGGCCCUUGCCCUUCACCGCUCGGUGUACGCAGAUCUGGAGAUGCACUCGCCAAGCUACCCCUGGAGUCAUAGCGGCUUCCUGUCUGCUCUCGACCAUGCCAGUGUUCGCCGUGGCUACCAGGUGUACAAGCAGGUGUGUGCAGCCUGUCACAACAUGGAAUACCUGGCCUUCCGGAACCUGAUCGGAGUGACUCACACAGAGGAGGAGGCCAAGGCACUGGCUGAGGAGGUUGAAGUGUUGGAUGGACCAGACGAGACCGGAGAGAUGUUCACUCGCCCGGGCAAGCUCUCCGACUACUUCCCCCGGCCCUACCCCAACUCUGAGGCAGCCAGGGCGGUGAACAACGGGUCUCUGCCACCAGACCUCAGCUACAUCGCCAAUGCCAGACACGGUGGGGAGGAUUACAUCUUCACACUGCUCACUGGUUACUGCGACCCCCCGGCGGGCAUGACUCCCACUGAGGGUCUCUACUACAACCCCUACUUCCCCGGGGGGGCCAUCGCAAUGGCCCCUCCCAUCUACGAUGAGGCCGUUGAGUUUGAGGACGGUACCCCGGCCUCGAUGAGCCAGAUCGCCAAGGACGUCUGCACCUUCCUGCGCUGGAGCGCGGAGCCAGAACACGACCAGCGCAAGCGCAUGGGGCUGAAGGUCCUGUUGUUUGCAGCCCUGCUUUUCCCACCGCUCUACUACAUGAAGAAGCAUCGAUGGUCGGUGAUAAAGAGCAGGAAGAUCGCCUACAGACCACCUCAAUAACUCCUGACACCAGGGAUUCCUCGACUCCAGUGGCACCUGAUCAUUACAUCCUCAGUGGGCUGGGCCGUUUCUGGGGGGGGGGGGGGGGGGGGGGGGGGGGGGGGGAGGCGGGGAGGAACAGCAAAUAACGUGAACGGUUUUAAACAAUUGGGCAGCUGACAGAGUCAUGACUAAAGCAUGGCUCCGUUCGCAGUUUGCAUUGUCCGACUCGUGACUAAGUGGACGAUCAACAAGAAACGACUUGCCAGUCUUACUCUUGCAUGACCCUUGCCUGUCUUCAGUACUUUUUAAAAGGGGAGGGUUUGAAAUAAAUGUGGAACAACAGCAACCUCAGUGAUGGUGAAUGGUGUCCUUGGUGUUCUGGUGCUGACUUCCAGCUUUGGGAAUCAGUGCAAUUUGGUUUCAAACAAUUCCGUGCCUCCACUUAAUAAAGCUGGGCACUGUGGAUGGGUGACUCUGGUGACGGGGCCGGGAGAUUGCUGAGUUUUUUAAACCAAUGAACCAGCACAGAAUGUUACCGAGAGCCGCAGGAGGGGUGCUGGUUUCAGUAGGGCGAGCUGCUGCGAGCAGUGGGAAUCCCCAUGAAGUCUACCAUUAAAGUUCUCCAUCUGUGUGCAUUGUUCGUGUGUGUGAGUCUGGUCCAACUGCGAGUCGAAAGAUUCCCUUUAUUAAAUCAUUACUGUGUACAGCAUUGUGUAAAUAUUUAAUGGCCUGCCAACGUGUUUAAUAAAUACUAUGCUGUAGACCGAU